AUGGCACCCUGGAUAUACCCAGCCAUUCAAAUAGUUCAUGGUGAGCCAAUCACGUCACCGGCAGCCCCCGAGCCGCCCCCAGAAGUUCUGGACCAUUUUGUCGAGAUAUAUCGUGAGAAGAUGUACUUCCAGCCGCUACCACUAUUCAACUUGAGUAGUCUCCGAGAAGAACUGGCAAUAUUCCCAUAUCACCUCCGUUGGGCAUUCCUCGCCCUUGCACUCCGCCACUCCAAUCAUGCGUUCUACUUGGGUAUGGAAUAUGAGGCCAUUGGAUUUUACACGGCUGGUUCUCGCAACAUUGCAAUGGAUUUGUCUAUGAAAGGUGCAACUGAAAUCGAGGUGCUGCAGUCGAUCUGCCUUCUGGCUCUUUAUGACAUCAUUGCUGGCGAGCCCGCUCGAGCUUGGAUGACCAUCGGAACUGUUUCGAGAUUGGAGACGUUGCGACUCUCAUCUACACGCACCUUCUCCGAUGACACCCCUAUUGCGGACACUAUCUCCAGGUGCCACUGGAGCAUCAUGAUCUUGGAAAAAGCCUUCACUCCCAACUUCACAUGCUUGACGCAGAGUCCACACCACCCAGACUAUCCCAAGAGUGCCUCGAGGCCUAUGUCCCUGGAGCCCUUCGCCAGCGGAAAGAGUCAUUGUCCUGGCCUUUCUAACGCCCACGAAGCGAAUAGUCAAGAUCUGGGAAUCAACGCCUACUCUCUACCAGUUAUAUCUCUCUGGGGGGAUAUCAUUUCGUAUCUCCAUAACAUACGGUCAGGAACCACCCACAGUCCCUGGUUGUCGACCUCAACGCAUAGCCAACUUGCAGUCAAGGUAUACGAGCUUGAAUGCAAGAUUUCUCACCUUCACCUUCUCCGCAAUGUUUCGUUCCCGGAUCGAACACCAUCUGACCUCUCGAGUUAUCGAGAAUACUGGACCCCUUGGUUGUCAAUGCAAAUAAUGUCACACGCAACACAAUGUGCCCUGAACAACCCAUUCAUCCACCUUGUUGCCCUUCGUGGGCUCAAAGGUGUCUCUCUACCCCGCUCUUUUCUUCAACAGACAGUUGAUCAUGCUUUGUUCAAUUCUCGCUGGGUUGCGCGUUUGGUGCAGAUGUGCGAAGAUUUAUCAUUCUGGAUUGAGGAUCCGCUGAUCGGACAGGCGAUCGCAGCGACUGCAACUGUACCUUGGCUCUUCCAAUUUGCUCGAGACGAAAAGGUUGCUGCGCAGGCCAAAGAAAAUCUGUGUAAAUUCGAGACAAUUCUCAAACGCCAGUCUAUAAUGUGGCCCCAUAUUGCGCACAAGCUCAAGGUCUUGCAAGCUCUCCAAUGUAGAGUCGACGAGAUGUUUCAAGAUACGAGUACCGAAAGUACAACAAUUCGGUUUGAUCCCGAGUUGCUGUGGGAACUUCUGAAUCCCAGCAUCUCCAAAACCAUACCAGGAGACACAUCAAUGUUGCAAUCAACGUCAGAGUCUCCGAGCGCUACAAUACAAAUUACAACCAAGUUUGUUCACCCUGUGGCGGAAUCUCAAGAAGACCAGCCACUUGACUCCGGUGUUGCCGAUAACUUCUUUCAGAUGCCCUUCGGGGGAUUCCAUGACUCCUUCUUGGAGGAACUUUUAUCGGAAUCAUUUCUAUCUGGGUCUAUAUAG